AUGGCGCCCGUAUCAACGACAAACUUCCCCGCCAGCACGGUGCCCCAAGCUCCCGAGGACCCCCUCUUCGGCUUGAUGGCCGCCUACAGGGCCGACCAGAGCAAGGACAAGGUCGACUUGGGCAUUGGAGCUUACCGCGAUGACAACGCGAAGCCUUGGGUCCUGCCCGUCGUCAAGAAGGCCGACGAGAUCCUCCGCAACGACCCUGAACUCAACCACGAAUAUGCCCCCAUCGCCGGUAUCGUCAGCUUCACCUCGAAGGCCAACGAGCUGAUGCUCGGCGCCGACUCGCCCGCCAUCCGCGAGAAGCGCACCACCUCCGUCCAGACCAUCUCCGGCACCGGUGCCGUCCAUCUCGGCGCCCUCUUCCUCGCCAAGUUCUACAAGGGCAACCGCACCGUCUACAUCUCCAACCCGACAUGGGCGAACCACAACCAGAUCUUUGGCAAUGUCGGCCUCCCCAUCGCCCAGUACCCCUACUUCUCCAAGCAGACAAAGGGCCUCGACUUUGAGGGCAUGAAGGCCGCCAUCUCCGCCGCUCCCGACCGCUCCAUUAUCCUCCUCCACGCCUGCGCCCACAACCCCACGGGCGUCGACCCGACUCAGGAGCAGUGGAAGGAGAUCGCCGCCCUCCUGCGCCAGAAGAACCACUUCCCCUUCUUCGACUGCGCCUACCAGGGCUUCGCCUCCGGCAACCUCGCCCGCGACGCCUGGGCCGUCCGCUACUUCAUCGAGCAGGGCUUCGAGCUCCUCAUCGCCCAGUCCUUCGCCAAGAACUUUGGCCUCUACGGCGAGCGCGCCGGCUGCUUCCACUUCGUCACCGCCCCGGCUUCCGACGCCGCCGACACCACCUCCCGCAUCGCCUCCCAGCUUGCCAUCCUGCAGCGCUCCGAGAUCUCCAACCCCCCGCUGUACGGUGCCCGCGUCGCCAGCACCGUCCUCAACGACCCCGCCCUGUUCGCCGAGUGGGAGGACAACCUGCGCACCAUGUCCGGCCGCAUCAUCGAGAUGCGCAAGGUCCUGCGUGCCAAGCUCGAGGAGCUCGGCACCCCGGGCACCUGGAACCACAUCACCGACCAGAUCGGCAUGUUCAGCUUCACCGGUCUCAGCGAGGCCCAGGUCUUGAAGCUGCGCGAGGACGCCCACGUCUACAUGACCAAGAACGGCCGCAUCAGCAUGGCCGGUCUCAACACGAGGAAUGUCGAGUACUUUGCCAAGGCCGUUGACAAGGUCGUUCGCGAGUCGCAGUAG